AAAGCAUUUUAUACAGUUAUAUAUAUAGAGAAAGAAAGAGAGAUAUAGAGAGAAUCGAAAUGGAAAUUGUAUUAAAGGAAAAAUGUUGCCUUUGACUGCGAAUUGCGGGCAGCCAGAAGCCAAGCGAGCAACAGCCACGUCAUCAUAGCUCACACACAGACACACAGACAGACAGACACACAUGGCACUACUACACUAGCACACAAAUAUAUAUACAGUUAUAUACAUAUAUAAAGGCAAACGGAAUCAGGCCACAAGAGCGAACAAGUCGAGCGCUUUGCUUUGCCUUGCGCUGAGACGUCCUGGCCUGGCUGUAAGGGACACGAAGGACAACAGAAACGUGGCAAGGACACACACACCCCCACCACACCAGUGGGCGUGUCAGGCGUGACUGUCUAACAUAUAUAUAUACAUAUAUAUAUUGCACAUCAAUCAAGUCGCAGAGUCCGAGGCAACUCACACGAUGUCGGCGCAUAACUAGAGCCUUGUAAACAAACAGGCAAACGGAAGCAACAUAAAGGAUACACUCAGGACACUGGACACUGGACACUGGGCAUACACACACACACGCACAAACAGUGGAUAGACAAUGGCGCGACGCAAGGGCAGCGGACGUGGCAAAUCCACUGUUAAUUCUCGUAAAAAUACUUUGGAGUCAACGCGCGAGAAAUUGAAAGAUGAGCCAACAGCAGCAAACACAUCGCAGGCGAGCAAAUUCGAUGAGACUAUGGAAAGUGCAGCAACAACAACGGCAACAGCAACAAACACAGCGAAGCAACAUUACAAAACAGCAAACAAACAAUACAAAGUGAGCAACACGCGACGUGCAACAGCAGCAGCAGCAGCAGCAGCGGCCGCCGCAGCACAGGCAACAACGACAACAACAACAGCAGCAACGGCAACAACUAAGAAGCAAACAUAUCGCAGCAGCAAUACAACUGCUGCAACAACAGCAACAACAACAACACUGAAAACAAACAACAACAACAACAAAGUCAAGGCAACAACAGCAACAAGUGAAGCAAACGAAGCAACUGAAGCAACUGAAGCAACCGAAGCAACAGCAAUUGACAACAACAAAAGCAAACGAGAUAAUUUAAGCGAAUUGCCAGCUAAAAUUGCUGACAGCAACAGCAGCAGCAGCAGCAACACAAGUAACAACAACAACAACAACAACAGUGAUAAUAGUAUUAGUGAAAAUAAUUAUGAGUUUAAGGCUAGAGAUAAAGCGAACGUAAGUGAUAGCAAAAUGACGCUACAGCACAGCAGCAACACCACCACCACCACAAACAGCAACAACAACAACAACAAUAACAUUAGUAUCAGCAGUGGCAGUGGCAGCAGCACAAACAACAAUGAUGCUGCUGCAGCAACAGCAACAGCAAUUGCUGACUGGAAGAGCAGCUCGAACAAUUUGCGCUAUUUGCACAAGAAGUUCAAACGUUUGGCCAGCACCACAGAAACGGAAGCUCCAGACGAACCAACACUGCGCACCACGUCGCUGUCGUCGAACAGCUCAGUGUCGCCGCCAACGCAAUUGCCGCUGGUCAAUGGGCAUGAGCACAGCAACAGCAACAGCAUCAGCAACAGCAACAGCAACAGUCAUGAGACCGAGAGCUAUAGCAAAAAUGCGGCUGUUGCUGUUGCUGGCGUGCCACGCACGCGUACGCCUUUGAGCAACAGCAGCAACAUCAACAUUAGCAGCAGCAGCAGCAGCAACUAUGCCAGCAAUGCAACAUUGUCGCCAGCCACAUUUGCACAGCAUCAGCAGCAGACGCAGCCAACGACAACAGCAGCAGCAACAGUCACACCAGCAGCAACAGCCAAGCCAGCAGCAACUGGCCUCAGCCGCUACGUCUGCCCGUAUUGCAAUCUGAUUUGUGCCAAGCCCUCGGUCCUGCAGAAGCACAUCCGCGCCCACACGAACGAGCGGCCGUACCCCUGCGAGACAUGCGGCAUUGCCUUCAAGACGAAAAGCAACUUCUACAAGCAUUGCCGCUCCCGCUCGCACACGGCGCGCAUGCGCGGCCUGGACGUGCCGGCCCACGAGGCGGAUGGACUGUCCGACCAGGAUGGCGACGGAGAUCUCAGCAACAGCAGCUCGGAGCUGUUGAGUGUGGAAAUUCUAAGUAGCGCCGAUUCGCCAUAUGAUGAGCAGUCGAUGGCCUCGCCGACGCCCUCGCCCUCUACGCUGUCGGCGGCGAAGAGCGCGUACCUGCAACAGCCCCCACUGCCGCAGCACAUGCAACAGUUGCCGCUGGGCUCGCCUGCUGCUGGCACAUUGCCGCCGGCAACAGUCGAGAAUUUGCACUCGGCGACCGCGCAGCAUCGACAGUCGAUUGACUACAAGCCAUACAAGCCAAAAUUUCACAAUGCAGCGCUCUAUGCGCCAGGCAGCAGCAAGGAGCAACAGCAGCAGCAGCAGCAGCAGCAGCAACAGCAGCAACAGCAACAGCAGCAACACCAGCAGCAGCAGCAGCAGCCGUUGCUGCUACAGCAACAGCAACAGAAGUUGCCGCAGCCUCUGCUCGUGCAUCCCACGCUCUCGCCCAGCACGCAGCUGAAGCUGAAUCUGCACAUCAACUCGCAUCAGCAGCAGCUGCAGCUGCAACAACAUCAGCAGCUCCAGCAGCAGCAGCAACAGUUGCUGCUGGCAGCAGCUGCUGCUGCGGGCAAUGCUGUCGCCCUGCCGCCACCUCCACUGCCCACUUACUACUUGGGGCAGGCGCCAUAUUACAACCCCACGGCGGCAAUGCAUCAGCAUGCGUUGGCGCUGCAGUAUCAGCAACAUUAUCAGUUGCAGCAGCAUCAGCAACAACAUCUGCAGCAGCAGCAACAGCAACACUCGCCACUGCUCAAGGCGCCAGCACAGCCGCAACAGCAACAGUUGCUGCCACAGCAGCAGCUGCCUCGCACUAAUAGUCAACAGGCAACAGCAGCAGCAGCACCUGCCACGCCCACACCUGUAGGCAAUUUGAGCAGCUUUGCCAGUGGCAUGCAAGUGAAUGUGGAAAAGGUGCAGGAACACAUUUCGAAAUUGAUCUCACAGAACGAAGCCAUUGUGGAGAAUAAGGAAAUAUUGCUGCAGAAGAAAUAUCCCAAGCAAUUGAAUCGUUCGCGCAGCUUCAACAACGCCAACAACAACAAUAGUAGCAGCAACAACAGCAACAGCAGCAGCAACAACAACAACAGCAGCCAGCAGUUGGGCGAUGCAAAAGUAAAUCUAGCACAGAGCAUAGUACAAAAGCAGCAGCAACAGCAACAGCAGGUGCAAUUGCAGCAGCAACAACUACAACAACAACAACAACAACACAUUCAACAAUAUCGAGUCAUUGAGCCAGUGAAUGGAUUGCUCAAACGCAGCAGCAGCAGCAGCACUGGCAACAGCAACAAUGCUUAUGCUAACCUAAAAGCCACGCCUCCUCCUGCUGCCUUGAAUGUCAAAUUGCCGCCGCCGCCGCCAGCMACAAUGUUGCAAUUGCUGCAUUAUCGCCAGGAUCCAGCAAUGCCUUUAAACAAACUCGAGCAGCAGCAACAGCAGCAGCAGCAACAGGCGACGCCCGCGCAGCAGCCCUUAAAUCUGUCCGCCAAACCAAAGCCAGCAAAGGCAGCGACAACAGCAGCAGCACCUGCACCAGCAACAGCAGCAGCACCAGCAGCAACAACAGCAGCCGCACCACCAGCAGCUGUUGCCACAGCCGCUGCAAACAAUUCCAUUAUCAAGAAUCUGUUGCUCAACGCGCGUGGGUUGGCCGUGCCCAUUGGCGAGGGCGACGACGCCGUCUACUCCUGCCCGAUCUGCGCCAACGAGUUCCGCAGCGCCGACGAGCUGAAGCAGCACAACAGCACCUACUGCCAGGACGCCAGCAGCAGUGCGCCCAUCAGCCCCGCCUCCUCGCCCAGCAGCAAGUACUUUCGCUCCAACUCCAUCUCCUUCAGCCUGCCGGAGCUCAAGUCGCACAUGGCCAACUCGAAGAACCCGCUGUCCUUGGCCAAGCUGGCCUGGUCCCAGCUCAAGACGAAGCCGAGCAGCCUGGUGCUGAAUCGGCUGAGCGCGGCGCAGUCGCCGGCGCGGACCAGCACGACGGCGACAACGGUUGCUGGCAGCAGCGGUGGCAGCAGCAACUAUCUGGCAGCCACUGUGGCAGGCAGCAGUGCUAGCAGCAGCACUCCAACAGCAACAAUUGCUAGCAGCAACAGCAACAACAGCCUGUACAGCAACAGCCACAAUCUGCCAGCAACUGUUGCCGUUAGCAUCGACGCCAACAACGUUGCCCUGCGCUUCGUGGACGCCCCCUUGCCCUCGCCUGGCCCGCUCCUGGGCAAGACCCCGCUCGUCGACUACGCCGCGCCCCGCAAGGCCGCCGACGCCCAAGUCGUGAUCACCAAAAUGCACGAGGAUCGCCUCGAGAACAUCAUCAGCGAGAGCUCGGCGAAGCGGCCGAAGCUGAGCAACGACAGCGCCUUUGCGCUGCCCCCGGCAACAGCAACAGCAGCAGCAGCAGCAACAGCAACGGGCGUGCAGCAGCAACAGUUGAUGUUCGGCAACAGCCAGGAGUUGCCUGGAUUCAACACGGGCAAGGAGGAGCGUUUGAGACGCUUCACCUCGUCGGGCGGCUCGAUGAUCCCCAUCUCGGAGUGCCCCGAGCUGGACAAGAGCCCCAAGAUGAUCCGGACUCCGUUGCUGUCAGGCGGCAGCUUUCAGGAAAUGUCGCCCCGACUGAGUGACCCCAAGCCGAAGCCCGCAUUUCUGCUCAAUGCCAGCAACAACAACAACAACAUCAUCAGCAACAGCAACAGCAACAAUAGCUCGCAGCAUUUCCAGUUCCCGCCCAUCAACUCGAUAACCGCCUUCAAUCCGCUCACGCUGCCCGCCAUGAGCGAGUCGAGCGGCAAAGCGAUUCCCUACGUGCCGGGCAUUCCGGGCCCGAGCAGCCUCACAUUGCUGCCAGUACCGCCGCCGCCGCAACAGCUGYUGCUGCAGCGUCCGCCCGCCGUCGAUGCGCCGCCCUUCAAGAAGUCGCUGUCGCCCUUCGGGGGCGUGCAGAAUCUGCCCAGCGAGUUCAGCCGACAGCCGCCGACGCCCGCCCAGCGCAAUGCGCUGCAGUGGCAGAGCAACAGCAGCAACAGCGGCAGCAAGCUGGCAGCAACUGUUGCUGCUGCUGGCGACGGCCCGGGCAUGCAAAAGUUCAAUUUCCUGCGCAUGGCUGACAAUGUGAAGGAGCAGCAGCCGCAGCAGGAGGUGCGGCACUUUAUAUUCGAUCCGCUGCAUGUGGAAACGCCAGAAAACGAAGCGACAACAGCAACAGCAGCAGCGACAGCAGCAACAUCAAGUGCUGCGGCAACAACAUCAGCUGGAGCUGCAUCAACUGUUGCCAGUAAGACGAAAUUCCUGCGUCCCACGAGUCUCCCGCUCAAGCCGGGCACGUUCACGCCCAAGCGCCAUCACGGGAUCACCCCGACUGCGAAUACCCUGCCGCUGAUCUCGCCCGAGACGCCGCGCCCGUCCAAGUCGUGCGUGCAGCUCUACCUGAACGGCCACGCCUACACCUACCUGGGCCUCAAGUGCAGCACCAAGAUGUUCUACUGCACAGUGAACUGCCCGCAGCCCUCGUACGUGGCCGGCAUGCACAAGCUGUCGAUGUACAGCGUCUGGCAGGUGUGCGAGGAGAACCAGCCGCACCCGCUCGGCCUCAAGCCGAAGCAGGUGAUGUCGCUCUACGACUCCAGGCAGAAGAUGUUCGGCGCGGGCUUCACGGUGGUCCAGGCGGGCGCCAAUGCGCACAGCUACGCGCUCGUCGGCUCCCAGCAGACGAUCAGCAGCUGCUCCACCGUGAACAACGCCCAGAGCAAGUUCUACCAGCACCAGGCGAAGCAGGCGCCAGCCAUCGGGGCGCUCAGCGAGGCGAAUGUGGCGGCCAAGGCGAGCGAGGAGGCAGCCAAGAAGCUGGAGUCCGGCCAGCUGCUGGUGGGCGGCUAUGAGUCGAACGAGGACUACACCUACAUACGCGGACGUGGACGUGGCCGCUACGUCUGCUCCGAGUGCGGCAUUCGCUGCAAGAAGCCCUCCAUGCUGAAGAAGCACAUUCGCACGCACACGGACGUGCGUCCGUUCACCUGCAGCCACUGCAGCUUCAGCUUCAAGACCAAGGGCAACCUGACCAAGCACAUGCAAUCGAAGACGCACUUCAAGAAAUGCAUUGAGCUGGGCAUCAAUCCAGGCCCAAUGCCAGCGGAUGGCGAAUUCCUGGACGUGGACGUGGAGUUCGAUCAGCAAUCCUCGACCUCGGCUGGCGGACGCACUUCCUCCAUGGCCGGCGACUCUGCAGAUUCGGAUGAUUAUAGCGACAACGAAUCGGAGAGCAGCGACACAGACGAAUCCAAGUCCCGCCUGAAGGAGCAUGAGGCUGCGCGCGGCCUGCUCUCGCUGUCGAUGACGCCGCCCAUACCGCAGAGUGUCUCGCCCUAUCCCGCGCAGCUGGAGACUAGCAUGUCCGCAGCGAGUCCAGCGAACAGCAUUGGCUCGGCGGGCGGUGCUUCCACGCAGCCCAAGCGGCAGGUGUGCUCCUUCACGUCGCCCAAGCCGCCGUUUGACUACCAGAAGCAGGAGCAAUACUACUCCAAUCCCGAGGAGUCGAAGCCCAAGCGCCAAGUGCCGACGGAUGAGAGCAGUGCGCCAAUGGACUUGACUAAGCCGAGGCCAAUCACCUCGGCAGCAGCAGGAGCAGCAGCAACGGCAGCAACAUCAUCAGCGGCAGCUGCAGCGGCAACAGUUGCUGCCAUGGAACUGCCCAAGUCGCAGGCACAGCAGAUGCGCGAUGUCAUCUUCGGUGCGGGCAACAACGAGUGUGGCUUCAUGAAGACUUUGAUCUCGGUGUCGGACAAGGUGCGAAUCUCGGCCGAGAUGGAGGAGCAGGCGAAGCGCGAGAACGGGGGCGAGGAUGUGCUGCUGCACACGUACAUCAAGGAGCAGGCGCUGCACAACGCCAAGCGCAAGCAGAGCUUGUACAACAGCAGCAGCUACCUGACGACAACCACCACCAGCAGCAGCAUCAGCAACAGCAGCAGCACCACUACCAGCAGCAGCAGCAUGCCCAUUGUGAGCAGCAGUCAGCAGAGGGUUGGCUUGAUAUAUCACGAGCUGCCCAGCAUCGAGGUGCACGAGCCGGAGUCAACGGAGCUGGGAGAGCUAGAGAAGGAGCAGGAGCAAAUGGAGCAGCAGCAGCAGCAACAGUUGAAAGCAAUUGCUGUGAGCAGCCAGGAUAAGCAAUCCGAAGAGCGACAGCAGCAGGCAACAGCAACUGUCCCAGCUGCUGCUCCUGCUCCUGCUCCUGCUGCAGCCACGCACAAUGCCAACUUGCCAGCUGCAGUGCAGCAGCCAGACGCCAUCGACUUCAAGGGCGUGCUGAGCAACAGCAACAACACGAAGCCCAUUGUGACAACAGCAACGGCAACUGUUGCCGCCGCCUCAGCAACAGCUACAGCUAUAGUCAAGGUGUUGGCCACAGAGGAGGGCUACAACAAGCCGAGCAGCGAGCCGGCAACAGCAACAGCUGCUGCCACAGCAACAACUGCAGCCACCCCGACAACAACAACAGCCAGCGGCAGCAGCAGCUACGCCGGGCGAGUGGUGCCAGCGCCGCCGCCGCCCAUUGCCAGCGAUGCGCGCCCCACGUGCCUGCUGUGCAGCAAGACGUUCCAGCGGCAGCAUCAGCUGACGCUGCACAUGAACAUCCACUACAUGGAGCGCAAGUUCAAGUGCGAGCCGUGCAGCAUCUCGUUCCGCACGCAGGGCCAUCUGCAGAAGCAUGAGCGCUCCGAGGCGCACCGCAACAAGGUGAUGAUGACGUCCACCUUCGGCGUGCCGACCACGUCGAAUCCGCGCCCGUUCGAGUGCACGGACUGCAAGAUUGCCUUUCGCAUACACGGCCACCUGGCCAAGCACCUGCGCUCGAAGACGCACGUCCAGAAGCUGGAGUGCCUGCAGAAGCUGCCCUUCGGCACGUAUGCGGAGAUCGAGCGGGCGGGCAUCAGCCUGACGGAGAUCGAUACGAGCGACUGCGAGAACUCGCUGAUCUCGCUCAAGCUGCUGGCCCAGAAGCUGCUCGAGAAGGACCCCAACAAGCUCAGUGGCUACACGACGCCGUCGGGCAUGCUGCAGCUGGUGGGCGGCGGCGGCAGCGGCAGCGGCAGCGAGAUGCCAGCUGCCAACCAGGACAGCGCCUCGGAGGACGGCUUCAGCGCGGCGAACAGCGCCGCGGCCUCGGCCAUCGCCUCGCUGGACAACGACAGCGCCGGCAACACGCCGCAGCGCGCCAGCUCCAUGUCCGAGGACGAGACGAACGGCCUGACCAACGGGCUGAGCCUGAAGCGCCGCCUGCCCGCCAGCAGCUUCAGCAGCAGCAACGGCGACGAGAGCGACAAUCCGCUGGAGACGAGCGAGAAGCGCGCGAGGAGCAACACGAAUGAGUUGACUCUGCCCAUUGCCGGCAGCAACUGACAAUAUAUGUACAUGCUGCAGCAUACCUGAGUGUGGCCCUACGCCUGGCCGGCGCCACCGGGGCCCAAGCCCCAUUUGAUGCCAAACGCCGCUCUCACUCUCACUCCCGCUCCCAUUCCCAAUUCCAAUCCCAAUCAGAUACCAAUUCAAGUCCUAUCAGCGAGCCACAGUGGCUGCGGCAAUGACCAAAACAUCAACGAGCGCAUAUCAAAUGUCUAAGCAUAUCGCAUUUGGGCACACAA